AUAUAUAUAUAUAUUAUUGUGUGUAUUUGUGUAUAUAUGUAUGUAUAUACGAGUGUGUAUAUAUACGUAUAUAUGUAUAUACAGUUGAAGUCAGAAGUUUACAUACACUUACACUACAUACACUCAACUCAGUUUUUCAGAAGUCCUGGCAUUUAAUCCUCGUAAAAAUUUUCUUUCUUAGGUCAGUUAGGAUCACCACUUUAUUUUAAGAAUGUGAAAUGUCAGAAUAAUAAUAGAGAGAAUGAUUUAUUUCAGCUUUUAUUUCUUUCAUCACAUUCCCAGUGGGUCAGAAGUUUACAUACACUCAAUUAGUAUUUGGUAUCAUUGCCUUUAAAUUGUUUAACUUGGGUCAAAUGUUUCGGGUAGCCUUCCACAAGCUUCCCACAAUAAGUUGGGUGAAUUUUGGCCCAUUCCUCCUGACAGAGCUGGUGUAACUGAGUCAGGUUUGUAGGCCUCCUUGCUCGCACACACUUUUUCAUUUCUGGCCACACAUUUUCUAUAAGAUUGAGGUCAGAGCUUUGUGAUGGCCACUCCAAUACCUUGAAUUUGUUGUCCUUAAGCUAUUUUGCCACAACUUUGGAAGUAUGCUUGGGGUCAUUGUCCAUUUGUAAGACCCAUUUGCGACCAAGCUUUAACUUCCUGACUGAUGUCUUGAGAUGUUGCUUCAAUAUAUCCACAUAAUUGUCCAUGUUCAUGAUGCCAUCUAUUUUGUAUGUAAACUUCUGACCCACUGGAAUUGUGAAACAGUGAAAUAAUCUGUCUGUAAACAAUUGUUGGAAAAAUUACUUGUGUUAUGCACAAAGUAGAUGUCCUAACCGACUUGCCAAAACUAUAGUUUGUUAACAAGAAAUUUGUGGAGUGGUUGAAAAACGAAUUUUAAUAACUCCAACCUAAGUGUAUGUAAACUUCCGACAUAACCUGAAAGGCCGCUCGGCAAGGAAGAAGCAACUGCUCCAAAACCGCCAUAAAAAAGCCAGACCACGGUUUGCAACUGCACAUGGGGACAAAGAUUGUACUUUUUGGAGAAAUGUUCUCUGGUCUGAUGAAACACAAAUAGAGCUGUUUGGGCAUAAUGACCAUUGUUAUGUUUGGAGGAAAAAGGGGGAGGCUUGUAAGCUGAAAAACACCAUCCCAACCGUGAAGCACGGGGGUGGCAGCAUCAUGUUGUGAGGGUGCUUUGCUGCAGGAGGGACUGGUGCACUUCACAAAAUAGAAAAUUAUGUGGAUAUAUUGAAGCAACAUGAAGACAUCAGUCAGGAAGUUCAGGGUCCUGUUGGUUCCAGACUUGGUGACUUUUUUUGGUCUUUGACCAUUUGUAUUGCCUUCCUCUGACACUGCCUGGUAUAGAGUUCCUGAAUGGCAGAGAGCUCGGCCCCAGUGUGUAUUUGACAGUCUAGUAUCUUGAAAGUUCUGUAAUACAGCUAUGACAUUCAUUUUUCAGGCAAUUUCCACGUGAAGAAUUACGUUUCGGUCUGACUAUUGAAAAUGAAGAGGAGGAUUCAAAGAUCUGAGCAGGAAUAUUCAAUAGACUGUUGUGCACUUUGUAAACUCAAUGAAAAUUGUCCGGACAAAUAUGGCGAGAAGAUCACACUUAAGUCACAUGAACUCACUGUGCACUACUUUUGCCUGCUGAUGUCAAGUGGAGUGUAUCAGCGUGGCAAGGAAAAUGAAGGCAUCUAUGGCUUCUUGGUGGAUGAUAUUAAACAGGAGGUCAGCAGAUCCUACAGACUAAAGUGUGCAGUCUGCAAGAAGAACGGUGCCUCAGUUGGGUGCUACAUCAAAAGCUGCCGGAAGAUGGUCCAUUUUCCAUGUGGCAAACAACACCAAUUCAUCUUUCAAUUCACAGACCCAUUUCCCUCCUACUGCAAGGAUCACAGUCCCACCCAGUCGUUGCCAGUCUCGUCCUGUGUCAGUGAGCCCCUGUCUUGCUCAGUGUGUCUGGACCCCAUAGAGGCCGUUCUCUCCUACUCCGUCCUCAAGUGUCCUGCCUGCCAUGGCAGCUGGUUUCACAGAGACUGUGUACAGAACCAGGCUCACAGUGCUGCCAUGUUCUUCUUCAGAUGCACUCUGUGCAACAACAAGGACAUGUUCCAGCAGGAGAUGCUCCGGAUGGGAAUCCACAUACCAGAGAGAGAUGCAGCCUGGGAGCUGGAAGAAAAUGCCUAUGGAGAGUUACUGCAGGUGUACCAACACUGUGAUGCCAACAAAUGUCUCUCCCGCAGUGGUCGGACAACCUCUUCACGCACUGGAUUGUUUCAAAUAUUGCGUUGCAUGCUCUGUGGCUCAAGAGGUACCCACCGAAAGUGUGCUUCCCUCAACGCUUUUGAGACUGACUGGGCUUGUGAGGACUGUGCGGCAGCUGUAGAUACAACAGCUUCACUACCCAGACACACUGACUCUCCACAGCCCGCUGGGCAGAGAAGAAGCAGGUCUUCUAAAAGGAGUCUUAUCCUGACCCCUCGCCAAUCACCCAUAGUCUGUAAAAGGCCAUCGUUGUCGGGAAGCUCUGCUAAAGAGAUCCUACAGGAGCUUGCCAGUCAGAUAUCACAGCACCACCCGUCUAUGCCAGUGGUGGUGAGUGGGAACAAGGUCCUGGAGGCUGCCAUGGAGCUAGUGAAGACGAGCGACUUCAAGCCGUCCCAUGCCCUGGCGGUGAGAUUUACAAGCAGCAAGCACAUUUCCAGCCCCGGCAACACCCGACGCUUCCUCAGCCUCCUGGUGCAGCAGCUGCAAAAUACCGUCUUUGAAGGUCCCGAUGGUGCCAAGAACCUGACCCUCAACGCACAAGCUCUGAGGGAGGAUGUCUACUUUGACGUAGGGUGUCUGCUGUCCCUGAGUCUGAUCCACGGGGGACCUCCUCUGGGCUUCUUCUCCAGGGCUCUAUACCAGCGCCUGUUCAACUUCCCCAGGGAUACUCCUCUCACUGUGGAGGACAUGGGCAACACUGGAUUCACAGACAAAGUCAAGAAGAUUCAGGAAUCUAGAUCCUUGGAAGAAUUGAGAGGGGCAAUGCAGUCAGCUUCAGAAUACCUGGAAGUGGCUGGGUGCAUGAGACCAGUUGACAGCCUUUCUGACAAAGACACACUUGUUGAAGAUAUUGUGAGCUUCCACCUAAUCACAAGAAUGCAGUUACCCUUCCAAAGGUUCUGUGAAGGUUUGAAAACCCUUGGUGUGUUUGACCAGGUCCAGAUGUUUCCGGGGGCCUUUGUUAGUCUGUUCUGUUCCUCUCCUGACAAGCUGACUGCUGAGACCAUGUCUGCCCUCUUCACUGUUAAGUUUUCAGAACAGGAAGAGACCACAGGGAAGGAGAGUGCUGUGGUCACCUUCUGGAGACACUACCUAGUGGAGUGUGAAGUUGGCAGAUGUGCAACAUCGCUAGAGGACGUGCUCAUCUAUGCCACAUCCGCUGAUGUGGUGCCAGCCAUAGGGUUCAGCCCCAACCCCACCGUAUCCUUCCUCAACCCCCUGGACCCUGCCGGGGCCUUUCCCAAGAGCCAACCCAGCUCUAACCACCUGGUGCUGCCUGUGGUGCCAUCCUACCAAGUCUUUAAGAAGAAUAUGGAGUAUGCAGUGUGCCAGCUCACAGUGAUGCAGGCCAUUUGAUCACAGACCGUCUUGUUCUAUAUGAACACAGCUUUAACAGACUAUUACUGAACUUGAGGGAUAUGUUUCAUUUGGAUUUUGGACUUCAAUUAAAAAGGGGUCACCUCAGACUUUUAUAGAAGAUUUAGGUAGGGUAUGUCCAUCAUGACAGAUAUUAAUUUUCCAUUAUAGGCUUCAGCUGUUGACUUUCAGAAACAAUUUCACACUACUUUAAUAAUUCAGACGGCUCAUGAUAGGUGCUAUGUUUGUUGCUUCAUUUGGGAUUCUUAGAUUUAUUUUAUGUUGUACAUAUUGAAGUGAAUCAAUGUUUUCUGUAAAGUUAAUUAUGCUACAGUUGAUGUUUUUGUGAUUGUUUUAGCUUCUUGUGUUGGCUUUUAUAUUUUUAGUAACUUUACUCAUGCCAAAUAAAAUGUUUGCAUGUUAUAUACUUGGGGUAAAAAUCUCAACCAUCACAACAGUAUUCAGAAUGUAUUGGGGCAUGCUGAAUCCACGUAUCACGCACGUAUCAUUUUGCAGUGAAAUAUCCUAGUGAGGGGUUUGGAAACCUAUUUGAAUCAAGCAGACCAGUGAUGUGAUAUUUAUAUAUACACACACAUAAAAUCCAAGAGUAAAGCGGGGCUACUCGUCAUCGAAAGUUGUGGUAGCAACGCCCACGGGUACAGUAGAUGGUGAUAUUUAGGAGAAUUAAAGAAGUGGUAUCCAAUUGGUAGUUACAGUCUUGUCUCAUCGCUGCAACUCCCAUACGGACUCCAAAACGCACCCGACUGCAGUGUGCAAUUCAGGGUCAGGCUCAAUCAAAUCAAAUGUAUUUAUAUAGCCCUUCUUACAUCAGCUGAUAUAUCAAAGUGCUGUACCGAAACCCAGCCUAAAACCCCCAAACAGCAAGUAAUGCAGGUGUAGAAGCAUGGUGUCUAGGAAAAACUCCCUAGAAAGGCCAAAACCUAGGAAGAAGCCUGGUUCCUCUCUAGGUUAUGAGGGUGGCCAGUCCUCUUCUGGCUGUGCCGGGUGGAGAUUAUAACAGAACAUGGCCAAGAUGUUCAAAUGUUCAUAAAUGACCAGCAUGGUCAAAUAAUAAUAAUCACAGUAGUUGUUGAGGGUGCAGCAAGUCAGCACCUCAGGAGUAAAUGUCAGUUGGCCUUUCAUAGCCGAUCAUUAAGAGUAUCUCUACCACUCCUGCGGUCUCUAGAGAGUUGAAAACGGCAGGUCUGGGACAGGUAGCACGUCCGGUGAACAGGUCAGGGUUCCAUAGCCGCAGGCAGAACAGUUGAAACUGGAGCAGCAGCACGGCCAGGUGGACUGGGGACAGCAAGGAGUCAUCAUGCCAGGUCGUCCUGAGGCAUGGUCCUAGGGCUCAGGUCCUCCGAGAGAGAAAGAAAAAGAGAGUUAGAGAGUGCAUACUUAAAUUCACACAGGACACCGGAUAAGAUAGGAGAAGUACUUCAGAUAUAACAAACUGACCCUAGCCCCCCGACACAAACUACUGCAGCAUAAAUACUGGAGGCUGAGACAGGAGGGGUCAGGAGACACUGGCCCCAUCCGAUGAUACCCCCGGACAGGGCCAAACAGGAAGGAUAUAACUUUGCCAAAGCACAGCCCCCACACCACUAGAGGGAUAUCUUCAACCACCAACUUACCAUCCUGAGACAUGGCCGAGUAUAGCCCACAAAGAUCUCCGCCACACACAACCCAAGGGGGGGGGGGGCGCCAACCCAGACAGGAAGAUCACGUCAGUGACUCAACCCACUUAAGUGACGCACCCCUCCUAGGGACGGCAUGAAAGAGCACCAGUAAGCCAGUGACUCAGCCCCUGUAAUAGGGUUAGAGGUAGAGAAUCCCAGUGGAGAGAGGGGAGACAGCAAGGGUGGUUCGUUCCUCCAGAGCCUUUCCGUUCACCUUCACACUCCUGGGCCAGACUACACUCAAUCAUAUGACCCACUGAAGAGAUGAGUCUUCAGUAAAGACUUAAAAGUUGAGACCGAGUCUGCGUCUCUCACAUGGGUAGGCAGACCAUUCCAUAAAAAUGGAGAUCUAUAGGAGAAAGCCCUGCCUCCAGCUGUUUGCUUAGAAAUUCUAGGGACAAUUAGGAGGCCUGCGUCUUGUGACCAUAGCGUACGUGUAGGUAUGUACGGCAGGACCAACUCGGAAAGAUAGGUAGGAGCAAGCCCAUGUAACGCUUUGUAGGUUAACAGUAAAACCUUGAAAUCAGCCCUUGCCUUAACAGGAAGCCAGUGUAGGGAGGCUAGCACUGGAGUAAUAUGAUCAAAUUGUUUGGUUCUAGUCAGGAUUCUAGCAGCCGUAUUUAGCACUAACUGAAGUUUAUUUAGUACUUUAUCCGGGUAGCUGGAAAGUAGAGCAUUGCAGUAGUCUAACCUAGAAGUAACAAAUGCAUGGAUUAUUUUUUCUGCGUCAUUUUUGGACAGAAAAUUUCUGAUUUUUGCAAUGUUACGUAGAUGGAAAAAAGCUGUCCUUGAAACAGUCUUGAUAUGUUCGUCAAAAGAGAGAUCAAGGUCCAGAGUAAUGCCGAAGUCCUUCACAGUUUUAUUUGAGACGACUUUACAACCAAGAUUAAUUGUCAGAUUUAACAGAAGAUCUCUUUGUUUCUUGGGACCUAGAACAAGCAUCUCUGUUUUGUCCGAGUUUAAAAGUAGAACGUUUUCAGCCAUCCACUUCCUUAUGUCUGAAACACAGGCUUCUAGCGAGGGCAAUUUUGGGGCUUCACCAUGUUUCAUUGAAAUGUACAGCUGUGUGUCAUCCGCAUAGCAGUGAAAGUUAACAUUAUGUUUUCGAAUGAACCCCAAGAGGUAAAAUAUAUAGUGAAAACAAUAGUGGUCCUAAAACGGAACCUUGAGGAACACCGAACUGUACAGUUGAUUUGUCAGAGGACAAACCAUUCACAGAGACAAACAUAUCUUUCCGACAGAUAAGAUCUAAACCAGGCCAGAACUUGUCCGUGUAGACCAAUUUGGGUUUCCAAUCUCUCCAAAAGAAUGUGGUGAUCGAUGGUAUCGAAGGCAGCACUAAGGUCUAGUAGCACGAGGACAGAUGCAGAGCCUCGUUCUGACGCCAUUAAAUGGUAAUUUACCACCUUCACAAGUGCAGUCUCAGUGCUAUGAUGGGGUCUAAAACCAGACUGAAGCAUUUCGUAUACAUUGUUUGUCUUCAGGAAGGCAGUGAGUUGCUGCGUAACAGCUUUUUCAAUUUUUUUUGAGAGGAAUGGAAGAUUCGAUAUAGGCCGAUAGUUUUUUAUAUUUUCUGGGUCAAGGUUUGGCUUUUUCAAGAGAGGCUUUAUUACUGCCACUUUUAGUGAGUUUGGUACACAUCCGGUGGAUAGAGAGCCGUUUAUUAUGUUCAACAUAGGAGGGCCAAGCACAUGAAGCAGCUCUUUAAGUAGUUUAGUUGGAAUAGGGUCCAGUAUGCAGCUUUAAAGUUUAGAGGCCAUGAUUAUUUUCAUCAUUGUGUCAAGAGAUAUACUACUAAAACACUUAAGUGUCUCUCUUGAUCCUAGGUCCUGGCAGAGUUGUGCAGACUCAGGACAGCUGAGCUUUGGAGGAAUAUGCAGAUUUAAAGAGGAGUCCGUAAUUUGCUUUCUAAUGAUCAUGAUCUUUUCCUCAAAGAAGUUCAUGAAUUUAUUACUGCUGAAGUGAAAGCCAUCCUCACUUGGGGAAUGCAGCUUUUUAGUUAGCUUUGCGACAGUAUACAUUUUUUGGAGGGGAUUGUUCUUAUUUUCCUCAGCAGUGAGGGCUCUUCGAUACUGCACGGUACUGUCUUUCCAAGCUAGUCGGAAGACUUCCAGUUUGGUGUGGCGCCAUUUCCGUUCCAAUUUUCUGGAAGCUUGCUUCAGAGCUCGGGUAUUUUCUGUAUACCAGGGAGCUAGUUUCUUAAGACAAAUGUUUUUAGGGGUGCAACUGCAGCUAGGGUAUUGUGGAAGGUUAAAUUGAGUUCCUCAGUUAGGUGGUUAACUGAUUUUUGUCCUCUGACGUCCUUGGGUAGGCAGAAGGAGUCUGGAAGGGCAUCAAGGAAUCUUUGUGUUGUCUGAGAAUUUAUAGCACGACUUUUGAUGGUCCUUGGUUGGGGUCUGAGCAGAUUAUUUGUUGCGAUUGCAAAUGUAAUAAAAUGGUGGUCCGAUAGUCCAGGAUUUUUAGGAAAAACAUUAAGAUCUACAACAUUUAUUCCAUGGGACAAAACUAGGUCCAGAUUAUCAAUGUGGGCAGUCAAAUGUUUGACCCCACCCACUUUUUUUCAUUCCCCCCCAUCUGAGGUUUGAGUCACACACGUUGAAUACAAACGUAUUUCAUUUUUGAAGAUCGUAAGAAAUAUUAAAGUGGUACCAGCAGAUGUGUUAACACUUUGUUUCAUACUAUAUUUGAUACAAGCUACUGAUAUGGUUGCUGUGAAAAGACUUAAUUCAUGUACUGUUAAAAUUGUGUUGAUAAAUGUUAUAAAUGUAAUUAUAUUUCAUUGAGCAUAUAUACUGUUACUACCUAUCCUGAUUUAUGCCAUUAACUUUCCAAAUGAGAAUGGAGACAGACACCGUUUUCACCGCCUUUUUCAAUCUUUCAACCUCUUCUUCAGACCUUAGUGAGUGAAUGACAUCCACUCAAUAUGAACAUAUAUUCAGGUCAGUCUGGCUACAGUGAAACAAGUGAUUUUAAGGAUGCAAAUUAUAAUUUUUUUAAAUAAUGUUCAAGACUUACAGCAUGGGAAAGUUCUGCAGGAGAACGAGGCACCACCGUCGCCUAAUUUUCUGCAUGUUUCCUUUGAAAAAGAAAAUCACAAUCAGAUGAGUAUCCCAAAAAAACAUCCACUAGUGAUGAGAAUUUCAUAAUCUAUACAUACCUCAGUGAAAUCCCACUGUGCUUCCAUUGCAAUGUACAGAGUGUACUGUAAGUUAAGAAAGAGUAGGUUGUUAAGUUUGAUAGUUAUGAUUCCUUCCAGGAAUAUAUUUCAGGAUGUAGAAGACAUUCACCCCCCCACCCCCCAAGAAGUCACAUCAGCAUCCAGCUCUGCAGGAGUGUGAUGUAUGAAUUGUGUAUGUAGUGUAAAAAAAUGUAGGAAAUAGGUCCCAAAAAUAAUAAACAAGAAAAAGUAUGAGCAAUAACAAUAGUGUGUUUUGCAAGCUGCAAGCACAGAAAUAAUAACUUUUCAUAUGUUGUAACAGAAAAUAUGACAUAUAAUAUACUGAAUAGCCAGCAUCUUACCAACAAAACAAACACCUCAACGUUUGUUUUAGAAACCGUCCUUUGGUAGGCCCUGUGGUGAGAACAAGGUACACUUUUCAAUAAAGGAAUGACAAAUGGUACACUUCAGUGGAAUAAUUUAAAGGAAUAUCUAACCUGAUCCAAGCUGUUUCUGUGAAAGUAAAGAAAAAAUACAAUUCAACAGCUUUUUAUACUUCAGCAUGCAUAACAGUUUGAACACAGUUGGAACUGAAUUAGCCCAAGUAUUUUUCACAACAUGUAUGGGUGUUUCUGCACCAGAAAAUGUAUUUGACUGCAAACACACCAUUUCUAACAUCAAUGCACUCACAUGCCUAAAACCUUUCCUUGAACAUAAUUUCAAAGCAAUGUGUAUGCUUUCUUCAUAAAUGUGCUUUGAAGUUUUUCUUAUUUGACUUUCCAUGCAGCUGGGACCAGCUGAUUUCAUGAUUGUAAACUCAGCAAAAAAAUAAAUGUCCCUUUUUCAGGACCCGGUCUUUAAAGAAUUCGUAAAAAUCCAAAUAACUUCACAGAUCUUCAUUGUAAAGGGUUUAUACACUGUUUCCCAUGCUUGUUCAAUGAACCAUAAACAAUUAAUGAACAUGCACCUGUGGAACGGUCAUUAAGACACUAACAGCUUACAGACGGUAGGCAAUUGUCACGCCCUGACCUUAGUUAUCUUUGUUUUCUUUAUUAUUUUGGUUAGGUCAGGGUGUGACGAGGGUGGUAUGUGUGUUUUGUCAUGUCUAGGUGUGUGUGUGUAAUCUAGGCAUUAUGUAGGUCUAUGGUGGCCUAGAUUGGUUCCCAAUCAGAGGCAGCUGUUUAUCGUUGUCUCUGAUUGGGGAUCCUAUUUAGGUUGCCAUUUUCCAGUUUGGUUUGUGGGUUAUUGUCUAUGUGAAGUUGCAUGUCUGCACUCAAAGUUUAUAGCGGUCGUGGUGUAUGUUGUUAGUUUGUUUAGUGUUCAGUCGUCUUCUAUUAAAAAUAUGUAUUCA